GAAGCGGCGGCGACCAUGGCGGCGGCGGCGGCGGCGGCGGGAAGUGAUGUUGUGACGAUUCGCCUGCCAUCUCUCUCGCAGGAUGACCCCCUGCACCAUGAUAAGAAGAAAAUCUUGGAGAGUAGGAAACUACCAUGUCUAUUUCCACUUCCACUCUCAUCAUCCACUGCUGAUGCCUGCAAAUUACUUGAUCAGAUGAUCCAUGCUGCUAGGGUAGCUCAUAUGGAUGAGCUAGAGCUUUAUUUUGCUGGAGAUGAUGAUUACGGCCCGUUCUCUACACGGAAUGAACUUGAGUCUCUAAAUCUGCUGCUCAAAAUCAUUAACACAUUUCUUGUAACUGCUAAUGAUGGUGCAAAGGGAGUAUUGCAAGUACUAGAGGAUGAGAUAGUUGUUAGGCUCAGAUCUGUGGGACUGACAGAUAAUGACCAAAUGGUACUUCAAACGCAGAACCACGAUACUGAAGAUUCUCUUCUUAAAUGGGGGGAGCAUCAUGGUGUUAAAAGUAAAUUGCAGAUAUCAUUUUUUGAAGGAGCUGGGAGAGGAAUGGUAGCUUUUGAAAAUAUAGGUGUGGGAGAUAUUGCACUUGAAAUUCCAGAGUCCCUUAUCAUAUCCGAGGAACUUCUCUGUCAGUCUGACAUGUUUCUUGCAUUGAAAGAUUUGAAUAGCAUCACCACUGAAACUAUGCUACUGUUGUGGAGCAUGAGAGAGCGGCAUACUCCAUCUUCGAAGUUCAAAACGUUCUUUGAGACACUUCCAUCGAAUUUCAAUACAGGCUUGAGUUUUGGAAUCGAUGCACUUGCUGCGUUAGAAGGUACCCUACUUUUUGACGAGUUAAUGCAAGCUAGGCAGCAUUUGCACCAGCAGUAUGAUGAGUUAUGUCCAGUGCUAUGCACAAAGUUUCCUGAGAUAUUCAAACAAGACAUAUUCACGUGGGACAAUUUUCUGUGGGCAUGUGAAUUGUGGUAUUCAAACAGUAUGAUGGUUGUUUUAAGUAGCGGGAAAUUGACAACUUGCUUGAUUCCUGUUGCUGGACUUAUGAACCACUCGGUGACUCCACAUAUUCUUAACUAUGGCCGAGUAGAUCAAGCCACAAAGUCCUUGAAGUUUCCUUUGUCAAGACCUUGUGAAGCAGGAUCUCAAUGUUUUCUCAGUUAUGGCAAACAUUCAGGGUCACAUCUAAUUACCUUCUAUGGUUUCCUACCAACAGAAGACAACCCUUAUGAUGUUAUACCUUUAGAUCUUGAUACAUCUAUCGAUGAGGAGGAUGGCACAGACCAGUCUGUGAGUACAAGUCUAACCACUCAUAUGGUUCGUGGGACAUGGUUGUCCAGAUCAAAAGGACCUCCCGCGUAUGGCCUGCCUAAGCCCUUGUUGUCGCAUAUCCGUGCUGCUCUGAAUUGUGAUCACGACGAAUCUCUUCCUGAGGCUGAUAUCAAGGAAAAUGACAGGAUGGUGCUGGAAACACUCAUUUCCAUAUUUACUCCCAUGCUUGAAGGAUUAGGCAAGGCAGAUGACUACAACCGGGAGAGUGUCAGUUGGGAUGUUGCGCUAGCACUGAGCUACAAAGAUCUAAACCGGAGGGUAAUUUCGUCCAUUGUUACCUCUUGUACCUCAGGCUUGGCAAUGCUUGAUUCCUAGCUGGAAGUGCUUCAUUAGUUAAUUUAAUUUAAUAAUAAUCUGAGGACACGCUGGGGCUGUGGGAGUACGUCGGGUGAAGCUGUUGUUGCACAUGGGUUAGUUGCAGCAACUGGCUGCCAUUUGCUCUGAUGGAUUAGGAUCCAAGGCCUGGCACGCAGAGACAUGCCUUCCUGACUGAAGAUGCUCCAACCAUCAGGUAUUUUGAUCCGACAACUGCGCGAAAUCCAGGCAUCGGUUUGCGCCUCUUGUGGCUUGAGGUUUAAGUUAGUGGCUCCUGAUUGUUGAUGCAGACUUGCUUUUGGUGGAAGAAAGCUGAUUUAUUGUGAUGGAGUGAUGUCGCCGGCCGAUAAGGCUCGACUUUUUUCGAGUUGUUUAUCAGCAGACCAUAUUGCUGACCUGGAUUUGCGUUAUGCUAAAUUGGUUUCUCCCGUGUGGUCCAAUUCAUGCUGCCUAUCUGAUUUCCUGCUCGUAGAAAAAAAACAAGUUGCAUUCUUUUCUUUGGGGGAAAAAGAGGGGGCAAAGCAUUUGUGCCAAAGUUAGACAUUUGUCCGGAUGCAAUGUUUGUUACUUCAUUGUUACCUUUGUACCCCAAUUCACUAGGAAAUGAUUCGGAUGGCACUUU